AGUGAAAUUAUGACGUAAGAAGGUCAUAUUAUCAAAAGACGGACUGACAUCGCAACGAGAAAUCCAAUACUAUUUCACUCAGUUUUAGACCAUUUACAAAAAUUAAGCGAGCACUGAAAAUGGCCGGAAAAUAUAAAAUUGUGAUGGUCCGUCAUGGCGAGUCGGAAUGGAAUCAGAAAAAUCUAUUCUGCGGCUGGUUCGACGCAAAUUUGAGCGAAAAAGGCAAAGAGGAGGCUUUAGCUGCUGGUAAAGCGGUCAAAGAUGCUGGUCUUAAGUUCGAUGUGGCCCAUACAUCGGUUCUGACCCGUGCCCAGGUCACAUUGAAUUCCAUUUUGACCGAAUCCGGUCAAACUGGUAUUCCAAUUGAGAAAACUUGGCGAUUGAAUGAACGUCAUUAUGGUGGUCUGACUGGAUUGAACAAAUCGGAAACUGCUGCCAAGUACGGCGAAGAACAAGUACAAAUCUGGCGUCGUAGUUACGACACGCCACCACCAGCAAUGGAACCGGAUCAUGCCUACUACAACACCAUCGUUAAGGAUACACGGUAUGCCAACGAUCCAAAACCUGAGGAAUUUCCAAUGUUCGAAUCGUUGAAAUUGACCAUCGCGCGAACCUUACCGUACUGGAACAACACCAUCAUACCACAAAUGAAAGAAGGCAAGAAAAUCAUCAUUGCCGCCCAUGGUAACAGUCUGCGCGGUAUUGUCAAGCAUUUGGACAAUUUGUCUGACGAUGCUAUCAUGUUGUUGAACUUGCCAACUGGUAUUCCAUUCGUCUAUGAAUUGGAUGAGAAUUUCAAACCAGUCGUGUCGAUGCAAUUUUUGGGCGACGAAGAAACCGUUCGAAAGGCUAUCGAAAGUGUGGCUGCCCAAGGCAAAGCUAAGUAAGCGGGAACGUUUUUAUCGUGAGUAGUUUGAUGAGAGAGGGAAAAAAGUGAAUCCAAAAACACAUAUUUUAUCCAACCGAGCAUAUAGCGGUUGCAAAAUUAUUUAUUUCGUUCGUAAGGUCCGACAAAAAUGUUAAUAGAGAACCAAAAUUAAAAUAAAAUCCGAAGCGAUAAGUUCAUUCGA